AUGAGGACAAAAGUCCGGAUUAUAAACACUAAGUCAUCGAAAGACAAGUUCAACGAAUUCCUAGAGUCCACAAUAAAGGCCUUCAAACAACAACAACUGCCCGCUUGGAAGCCAUUCUUCACGUGCGGAACAGUAUUGCCGUCUUUUUUCUUAUUAGGCAUCGCAUCCGUCACUAUAGGCGUGGGUCUACUGUUCCUAUCAUCUCGUGUCCAACAGUUUGAAUUGGAUUACACCCACUGUUGGCCACUCUAUGGCAUGACUUCAUGCGCCCAAAGACUGGAAGAUAAUCCGGAUUCCGAGGGCUGUAAGUGUUGGUAUAAAUUUGAAUUAAACGAAGAUUUUGAAUCUUCGGUUUAUAUAUACUAUGCGCUCACAAACUACUAUCAAAACCACCGAAUGUAUGAGAAUUCAAUGGACAGUUACCAACUCUCAGGCAAACUCCAGGCAUCCAGUGAUUGCGCGCCCUAUCAGUACAAAGAGAUUUACGGACAACUCGUGCCUAUAGUUCCCUGCGGUAUAGUUGGUAACACUUUCUUCAACGACUCGUUCAGAAUAUGGAGACACGACCUCAUCAGUGAUUUGGCACAAGAAGUGCCGCUACUGUUCACUGGAAUUAGUUGGCCCUCUGAUCAGAAUAUGUUUCACAAUCCAAUCGAGGUGGUGUACUCCAACUUUACAAAUCCUCCCAAUUGGAGACACCGACACAUCUGGCAAUUAGAUCCCAAAAACCCCAAUAAUAACGGCUUAAGAAACGAGGCGCUGAUUGUGAAGGUGGUGUACUCCAACUUUACAAAUCCUCCCAAUUGGAGACACCGACACAUCUGGCAAUUAGAUCCCAAAAACCCCAAUAAUAACGGCUUAAGAAACGAGGCGCUGAUUGUGUGGUUCAGAACCGCAGCAUUUCCCGAGUUUCGCAAACUUUACGCCAGAAUUAAUCACUUGAUUGGAAGUGUUUAUGAAAGAUCUUUACCAAACGGACACUACUUUCUUGAAAUCUCAUACAAUUAUCCGGUCAUUAAGUUUGAUGGCCAUAAAAGUUUGAUUAUAAGUAACACCUCAUGGAUUGGUGGUCGCAAUUCAUUUCUAGGCAUCGCAUACAUAAUCUUCGGUGUCAUUGAACUCAUUAUGACAUUGUGUUUGUUAUUUAUUUAUAAGAAAUACGGAAUGAGGUAUUCAUAG